GACUCCAGCCCGAACCCCGGACACGCGCAGCAGAUGCAGCAGCCUCCAGACUACAACUCCCAGAAGGCUUUGCCCCGGGAGCAUUUUUGGAAGCGAAGCUUAAACUCUCCUCUGAUGUCACUUCCAUCCCGCCCUCUCCUCGCCUUUUUCAUGCUUUCUUGUGGUACUUCUCUUUGCUGACAAUCUGGGACGGGGUGAGUGGGAUCCAAAGGCAGGGCCGGGCCCAGCCGCAGGAUGGUGCGGUGGGGCUGAAGCACACAGAGAAUGGGCAGGGCGUCCACUAGGGGGCGAACGAAGCCGGGUCCGAGAUUACUUAGGGCUUGGGGCCGCCCAUGGGCAGAGGUGUGGGUUCUGAGUGGGGGCGGAGCCGCAUUCAAAGCCCCGCCCCCAAGGUUCUGGGGCUGCUUGGAACCUUCUAGAGCUCAGUCUGUCUUUGGGGGGGAAGUCCUGGGUUAAGAAUGGUUCAUGGGCAUGAUGUCACGUGGGCUUCCUCUCUUCUUCCCAGAAUCCUCCUGGGCACUUGUCCUCCAGAAAGUCUUACCUGCUUCUGGGGAUCCCAAGGGAUCCCCAGUCUUGUUUUGUCCCUAGAGGGAUGUCGGCCUGAAGCCAGUGUCUUGUUCUUGGGACCACAUACCCCUUUCCCUCCCUCUCACCCCCACCCUUGGGUCACCCUCAGUGAAAAGUGGGGCUUCUCCUUGGUCUCCUUUACUCCGCAGAGCCUCCUCCUCUUGUUGCCUCCGUAGCUCCAAGGAGGAGCAGGUGAUGAUCCCUGGAGAGAUCACUAGGCCCAGACGGGAAUCAGUGACAUUCAAGGAUGUGGCUGUGGAAUUCACUCUGGAGGAGUUGGUACAUUUGAACCCAUCUCAGAAAAAGUUGUACAAGGAAGUGAUGAUGGAGAAUUAUAAGAACUUGGUCUUUUUGGGAUGUACAAUUUCCAAACCAGACAUGAUCUAUCAAAUGGAAAGCAAGGAAAUAUUUUGGGUGCCUGAUGCAGAUAUCCCAAGAACCAGCUGUCCAGAGACUAAAGAAUGUACUGAAGAAAAACCUUGCAAACAUAAUGAAUGUGAAAAAGCUUUUGGACAGGACACACAACUUGCUCAACAACAGAUCAUUUGUAUUGGAGAAAUUCCUUAUCAAAUUAAAGAAUGUAGAAAGGACUGCUAUCACACAUCACAGUUAGUGGAACAUCAAAGAAUUCCCCCUGGAGAAAAAUCUUAUGAAUGUAGUGUAUGUGGAAAGACCUUCAGACAGAAGAUAGAGCUUACUCGUCACGAGAAAAUUCAUAUUUCAGAGAAGUUUUAUAAAUGUGAUGAAUGUGAAAUGACCUUCAAAGUGAAGAAACAAUUUAUUGAACAUCAAAGAAUACAUAUUGCAGAGAAACUUUAUGUAUGUAAUCAUUGUGGCGAGGCCUUUAAACUGGUGUCACAGCUUACUCAGCAUCAGAGAACACAUACUGGAGAAAAACCAUUUGUGUGUAAUGAAUGUGGGAAAGACUUCUUUUGGAAUUCAGAUUUCAUCCGACAUCAAAGUAUACAUACUGGGGAGAAACCUUACAAAUGUAACAAAUGUGAGAAGGCCUUUAGACUGAAAACACAGCUAAAUCAGCAUCAGAGAAUUCAUACAGGAGAGAAACCUUUUAAAUGUGAUGAAUGUGGGAAGACCUUCAGAAUAGGGACACAAUUUAUUCAACAUAAGAGAAUUCAUACAGGUGAGAAGCCUUAUGAAUGUAAUGAGUGUGACAAAACUUUCAGAUUGAAAGAACAGCUUAUUCUGCAUAAGAAAAUUCAUCCUGGAGAAAAACCAUUUGUCUGUGAUGAAUGUGGGAAGGGCUUCUUUUGGAAUUCAGAUUUCUUGAGACAUCAGAGUAUUCAUUCUGGAGAGAAACCUUAUGAAUGCAGUGAAUGUGGAAAGGCUUUCAAACUGAAGACGCAUCUUAGUCAGCAUCAGAAAACUCAUACUGGAGAGAAGGCUUACAAAUGUGAAGAAUGUGGGAAAGGCUUCUUUUGGAAUUCGGAUUUCAUACGGCAUCAGAGUAUUCACUCUGAAGAGAAACCUUAUGAAUGCAAUGAAUGUGGGAAGGCUUUCAAACUGAAGACCCAUCUUACUCGGCAUCAGAAAAUUCAUAUUGCCGAGAAGCCUUACAUAUGUGAUGAAUGUGGUAGAUCCUUCAGUAGCGAUCUAUUACUUAAUGCACAUAAGAAAACUCAUGAAGAGAUAUCUUAUGAUUGUGAGGAGUAUGAGUUCCUCCACUAUGACUUGGAUAACUUAUUCGAUGACACAGAUCUGGAUUGGGAAGAAAACUUUUUAAUAUAAUGUAUUAGGGAAAGUCUUCCACCUGAACUCAAUACUUAACAACAUCAAGGAGUUCAUGCUGCAGAGAAGUGUUAUAAAUGUGAGAAUGUCUUCAGUUGGACCACAAAACUUGACCUCAGAAAAUUUUUACUAGAGAAAAACCUUAUGAAAGCAAUUAACAUGGAAACCCCAGACUGCAAUGUUAUCUGCCCUUCCUUGGCUAUGUGAAGGCGAAGCAGGAUUUCAUGACAGGACAUGCUUUGGAAGAAUGUGGGGUUCAGGGAGUGCAGUCGUGCAGAAGGGGAAGCCUGUGCAGAGAGCAGAGGCUGCUUCGAGAGAUGACCCUGGGUAGCACAAAACCACUGAACAAUCUAAGGACAUUUUUGUCUGGGGCUUACUUAAACAGUGGGAAAGGGAAGUUGUAAACCUGCAAACAGUGAUAAUCUCCAACAUCCUCAGCUUCCAUGAUGCUGAUUUUGAAAAUGAAAUCUCUUCUUGAAUCAUUGCCACUGAAUUUUGGGGAGACCCCAGGCUGCAGAGUGGAAGCCCUAUAGAUCAGGAAUCUGAAAGACCACCUAGGUUUCUAUUGAUAACAGUAUAAAUUGUUGCUAAUGUCCUGAUUGGACCUGCAGGUGAUGAUGCCUGUCUUUUCAGGAGAGAUUAUUGGGGAGGGUGGAGACUAGGUCACCACAAUAUCUCCAAUGAUGGUUUCUAGAUUGAGAAAUAAAGCAUUAGUGUUAUGCAUCAUUAGCCAAGUUUCACACCCCAACAAUACCCUAUUGUAUAUUCUAAUAAAGUUGAAGAGUUUAGCAUUCCACAAAUGUGUUCCAAAUGGCCUAAAAUAAAAAUGUUAACCAUUCCAUAACACUUGUUUGUAUUUAGUUCUUCACCUAAGAACUAGAGCAACAGGAGGUAGAAGAGCUUAUUAACUGGGGACCCCAUCUCUAUACUGUGCCCUGUCAAAUGCUUGCCUUGCCCAGGGUACGAGGGGCCAUACUAAUAGGGGCUUUCAGCAGCUGCCUGGGAAGUAA